AUGGCUCCCAGGACCACCGCCGUCGGCUCCACGGCUUGGAUCUCAGCAGAGAAGGAGAAUGCCCUCCAAUUGCUGGAAUCCGAAAAAGACGAGCUGGUCUACCCGGCGCAGCACCAAUUAGAAUGGCUAAACGAACAUAUGUCUGAGAUCUUCAGCAAGAGCCAUCUUGAUGUGACAAAUGUAUUCAAAACACCAGGCAAGCUACGGGGAAAGACACCGCGCACAACAAGAAAACGAAAUGCCCCGGAUGCCAGGAUACCAUUAAGUGAUGUCUUCUCCUCAAAACCAAUCUCUCGAUCGAGUCCUUUAAAGCAACUGAGCCCGGGCAAGCUACGCUUCCAGAUAGCCGCCGACUCAAGCGAACACAACCAUGAAGCCAUCACCAGAUCUCACACAGAUUCGGGUUAUCAUGGCUCCAGUCAAGAUGAAUUGGACAUUGGCUCAAAGCCAGCCGCUCCUGCAACAGUACGAGGAUCAGGCAUCGACAUCCCCGAUGCGACAGAAAAGCCGGACGAACACAUGGAAGAUGUCACUGAAGGUGGACAUCGUACUACCGAGGGUUCAUUCCAUUCUGCAACAGAGGAUCAAACUACGAAGAUGGCAGAUCCCAGUACCACAUCAGCUGAGCAGGAAAUCCCAGAGAUAGAAAUGGAACAUGGUCAUACCCAGGUGAUUGUCCCAUCUGACGAAGAACACAAAGCCGAUGAUCCGGACUUGGAAGAGAUUGGAUCGCCAUCGGACGCGUCAACUCCUGAUAUACCUCUUGUCAGAAAGAGCAGCUUGACUUUCGCAGCGCUUCCUGCAAGGGAACCAGUCAAAACGAGCCUUGGUGCCAGAGUAUCCCGGACAAGUCAUGUGGAACAAUCACGCCAACUCCAAACCAAUGUGUACGUUGGGUCGACAGCUGGCCGUGCACAUCAAUCUGAACAGCAAUCACUACAGACUGACAGCGAGGACUUCGAAAUGAAGGAUGUCGAGAGUGACGAGGACGAUGAGAACGUGGAGAUUCUAGGCCGAGAUGACUCCGAUGAUGAGACCCAGACUGUACAAACCUAUUCCAAAUCCUCGACACAAAGGUUGCAUGAAAAGAUCGAUAUGCUGGGAAAGGCUCCCCCACCACGACCUUCCAAAUCAAUACACUCAGCUGUAACAGUGACCGAAACACAGCUGAACGAAGCCACCGAUGCUCCCGCCCAACCUGCCAAUGACGACGAGGACGACUGGAUCAAACCACUGACUUCCCCCAAUGCUGCCGCGACAUCACCAGCGAAGAGCACAGCGACAGGAUACGGGUUUAUGUCCGAGGACGAGGAUGAGUUUGAUGUUCGUGCUCCAGAGUUGAUUGCGCACGAAGAGCGUAUGAAGACUCCUGUACGCAUGUCUCCGGAGCCCGGCAAGAUACGGCCGGGCUAUGCUCACACCAAAUCUGCGUCGACGGCAACCCUUGCCUCGCCUGCUAAGGCAGCAAUGGCACCAGCGACAAGCCCACAAAAGUCGAUAUCGGUCUCGAAUCCGUCCCGGACCACCACAACAACUCCGCACGGCUCCCCGAAACGAUACCUUGAUUUAAGCGCAUCAAAGUCGAAACUGCAAUCUAUCAUGAAAACUGCAAAGGGUCUCUUUACCACCAGUGCAAGCGUGUCCGCAGCUGCAAAGCUGGAAACCCUAUCACCGAACGCAUUGAGAGCCGCAACUUCUGCAAUGCCUGGCAUGUAUCCGAACCUCAAUGCUCUUCUCGAAGACAAACCCCUGCCGGCAAGCCCUGCUCGCCAGGCUAGGAAGACUCGCAGCUCCACGGAACGGGACAAGGAGGAGAAGCGAAAGGAUAAAGAACACCACUUGAUGCAACGAAUGGACGAUCAAUUGGAGGAGGCACGCGAAAAGGAGCGCCGAAAGGCGGCGAUACAAAAGCAGGCCCAUGAACAGACUGCGAAGUUCAACCGCAGUGAAUACUCCGCACAAUCGAGCCCAAGGCGUCAAGGGGAGGAGCCGUCGUACCAAGACACCAUUGAAUCAGCACCGGCAGUAGGAAGAGGUGGUCGGCCCGUGAGACCGGGUAGGGAACCACCGGUCAAUAAGACCAAACCAGCACCAGUGUCGAUACGGGUGGGGACAUUGUCUCAGCGUGUACCUCCUGGUGCCUCCCAUGCGGCGCCGAAUACGCAGGAGGUGCUUAACGCGGAACCAAAACGACCUGGCCUCACAAAGAAGGCCAGUACCGCCUCUCUACAGUCGGCCACGUCGACCGCUCUGAAGGCAUCGGUCCAUAGUCAGCCGGCAAAGCCAAGAGCGCUUCUCGCAGCAGAACGAAAGAAGGAGCAAGACGAGCGUGAAGCUCAGAGAAAGCUUGAGCAGAAACGGGAAAUCGAGCGUAAACGCGCUGCUCAGCAGGAAGAGCAACGCAAGCAAGAGCUGAAGCAACGUGCAGAGGCGGAAAAGCGGGAACGAGAAAGACUCGCAGGUGAGCAAGCAAAGAGGCAGGCUCAACAGCAGGCCAUCGAACGCAAGCGUCAAGAAACGGCUCGCAAGGCGGAGCAGCAGCGUCUGGAGCGUGCUGCAAAUGAAGCUGCUCAAUCGAGACCUUCCUCACGUCUUGCCAACCAGAAUACUGGCCGGUCCCUGGUCAACCAUCCGCUACCCACUAAUCCUGCUAAGCCAGCCAAGAGACCCCUCGAAGAUGAGCCUGGUUCGUCGCGGCCACAAAAUUCGAAGUAUGGAGGCCCUGGCCUGGCCCAAGGUGAUUCCAAGCGACGGAAGACUGAUGAGGAGAGCUUUGCUGAACCUGCUCCACGUCCGAUGGUGUCUGGCGCCCCUAUCCGCCAAUCACAGCUUGGGAAGAAGCCUUCGAUCUUCAACCACAGCACCUAUACACAGGCACAGUCAUCGAGUCAUAUGGGUCAAUUUCCUCAGCCUCCCACCCGAGGAGCGCCCCCUCAGAUGCAGCAAUAUGCCAGUGGCGCCAAGAUACCCUUUGCGGAUGGAUCAAGUUCGGUGGCACCCGCAAAGACUCCAGUAUCAGUCAUGCAGCAGAAGACGAUCCAGACUGUCAAGUCUUCACCUCAAUACCCGAAUGGAGAUGCAAUCAACCUACCCGAAAUCCCAACCGAUUCGGAAGACGAAGACUCUGACGACGAUGGAAAUGCGUUCCCAAUACCUGACUGGGCAACGCCAGGACAUCUGACGGAACAGCUCAUUCGACAGGAAGGUAUGGAUGAAGAUGCUGUUUUCGGACCUGUAGCGCCGCUAAAGAUGGAAGAAAUCUUUGCAAAGGGCAACAAAGAGCGACUGAAGCGACUGCGGGAUCGCACCAGCAGUGCCAACUGGACACUCAGUGGUGACGGGCUGACACUGGAGGAGGUCAAGGCAGAUCGCGAACAGCGAGAGCGUAUGAGACUCGAAGGUGGCUGGAGGUUCGGUCAUUGA